ACUUGCACCCGAGGUCCUCCAAAAUAAAAAAAAGAAACUCAUUCACCGCAUUGAUUCCGCAAAUGAAGCUGAUCCGGAAGAUAACAUAAAUCAGCCGCAUGCAAUCUAUAAAUUUGGCGCAUGCCAGAAAAGUGCCAACAAGCGCUUUACGAUCUCAACCGCGGUACAACAGCAGCCUUUAGCCCUUGAUAAUGCAGUCGCAGUACCCCCCUGGAAAGGAUUUGCAGGAAAUUGAUAAAUCCAACUCACAUAUAACGGUGCAUCAAGAGCCUGCAUCGCCAGCAGGCGCUAGGCCUCACGAUCUUGGAUUUUUGGAAAAAGGAGGACGCCCUUCACCUCCAAUCCUUACCCAGAUGCACGAUGGCCUCGAUCCUGCCCCAGAGCUCCCACCUCCCGCUCAAUUUGAUAGGCCAUCUGAUAUCCUAUUUGAUGCGUCAUUGGACCAGCUUAUUGAUGAGGAAUUUGGGGACUUUGAGUCAGCUGCUUUGCCCACUGCAUCAACUACAGAAGAUUUGAUCUCCAUCGGUCCCGAAACCGUACAACCAUCAAGUGGGAGAAACAACGAACAGCAUAGCUUACAAAUUCAACCAGAAGGGAAAAUUAAGACAAGAGUUUUGCCCAGAUCAAAGUGUGACCAGACAUUGGCUUCCCCUCACACCAUGCCAGCUGUUGCAGAACGUCAGAUGGCUCGACAUGAUACUUUAAUCAAAGAGAAUGAAGAUUGGGGAGAUCUUAUGGAUUUCGAAGAUCCGCUCGAUUCAAACCCUUGCAGCGUACUAACACCAUCCAGGAGGUCGGAGGGUGCUAUCUCUGGAGGCCGCAGUCAUGGGAACACGCCUGGUCACUCUACGACACUUUCAAUCCCACAUGCUCAUUGCACAGCCUUCAACGCGCCCGCUAGGAAUCCAUCAUCAUCAUCAUCAUCGUCGUCGAAAGUAGUUGCUCCGACAAAUAUCCCACAACCUUCUAUUCUUCUGCCUUUAAUCACAUCCAGUUUCAAUGCCUUUCAGAGCCGAUUCUCCGCGCCAAUAUCCAUCCAGUCACAUUCCGUAAGGGAAAAAGCGAUUUACGACCCUGCAAUGAUUGAAUUUCUUCGUGGCUACAUCCUUUUGGGGGUAGUGGCCACACGAAUUAUUGCUGGAAGGAAGCUGCGUUGGCGAAGAGACAAAUACCUCUCACAAGGUACCAAGAUUGGCCCAGCGCAAUCUGGGCAAAAAGGAGGCAUGAAGCUUGCUGGUCUUGAUAGGAUGGAGGACCUCAAAGAAGUGAGAGAAAUUGCCGAAACUGUGCAAGCCUGGAGCACUCAGCUCGGGAUUCUACGCUCAAUCCUUGUUGCUGCGAAAUCCAAGGAUUCCAAUUUUUCUCUCAAGAUUCCGGAGCUUAAGAGCACACCGAGCAUCAGGACUCUGAGUGAAAUGGAAGGAGGGCUAAGUGCGACGUAUUGCUGCGCUCUUUGUGGACUGAAACGCAACGAGAGAGUUGGCGGCGUUGACGUUGAUGUAGAGGACAGCUUUGGAGAAUGGUGGGCAGAGCACUGGGGCCAUAGAACUUGUAAGAAUUUUUGGGAAGAGCAUAAGUCAACAUUGCCAUGAAAAGCGAGCGUUGUAUGCUGCAACAAUAUCCAAGAAUAACCGACUGUAUUCUAACUCAUUUCAUCAACUACUUAUGGAUCUCCCGGAUUUGUCCCAGCUUUUUUAUCUGUUCUUUCCCCUCGUUCUGAGGCUUAUAUGUAAUGAUGUGCGUUCCUGCAGUUACGCUGAAGAUGACAACAUAAAUGAGUUGGCCUGGUCUUAAGAUACAGAAUACCACGAGAUCUGACAGGAAGAGUAUUGGAACGAACGCAUUGCGCCUCCUUCCUCAGUGGGCCUGCACCAAAAUCAUAACCAAAAUCAUGCGUGAAAUCCACCUGUCGAAUUGCUCCUGGUCUACAGAAGAGGAGGAAGGCUUUCCCAUGUGAAACCCAGCGAUUUUCAAAUGCUUCAGGGACUUGUGGCUAAUUAGCCUUGAGGUUCAGAUGGAGAUAAUCUGGGUGGUGAUACUACGAGAUCCCGCUUGGGAACUAUAUACCUGAGC